GCAGCGCGCCUCGGAUGCAGGUACCGAAGACAAUAUGGCUGUGGUGUAUAAAUAUACAUAGUGUGUGUAUAUGUACACACAUUCCUAGGUAUAUUUAGCAGGCUCAUGGACUCUGCAGCUGGAACUCUCACUCGGUUACCCUUGGUUACAGCAUGGAGCGCUCUUAUUGGCUGGAUGACCCACUGAAUGCACUGCCUCCAGAUUACCAGUCCGCGGGAUGUCAGAACGUGGUGAAGGUAAACAAUUAAACACAGUGAUGUGUGUAAUGUUUAUUUCACAACACUGUGUUUGUGUGCGCCCGUCAGGUGACCACAAGAAGGAGUCCACCGGCAGGAUAAGUGGGGAGUGUCAGCCAGGUCCGUCCAGGUGUGAGCCGAGCAGACAGGGUUACUGUGGAUACUGCAGAGUCCUCUACAACAACCUGAACCAGCACCUGUCCAGUUUCAGACACCUGGAUUCUGUCCGUGCAUCGUCCCGAGGCUCCAGUACCGUCUCCUCUUCCAUCAGCAGCACAACCAAACUAAGUCUGCUGGAGCGCUUCCUGCAGGAUGUGCUGCAGCACCACCCGCACCGCUACAACGACCCCAGGCCAUCUCAUGCUGACCUCCCACCAGUCUGCCCCCCCUCAGAACUUCAUGAAAUCCGUUUCUGUGACGACGAUGACAGGCAGUCGCUGGAGACCCGUGAACUUCUUCCCAGCUCUGACAACGCCGCCUACCAACCGGUCAGUCAGAAGGAAGACAACCGCACACAGAGCCAAUUAGGAGAGGGAUUUACAGGGUUUGGGAGUCAGGCGGAGCUGUCUGGACCAAUCAGAGAGCAGGAAGACGGAGACAUCCUCACCACCUGGAACAUGCUGUCGACUCGAUUACAGACCCCGUCACCUGUUCACAGGAAGGCCCACAGGAAGACAAACAGGAGGAAAACCAGCGCCACCACCUCAGCACCGCGUCCAGAACCUGGUCCUAGUGUAGACCCUGGUUCCCGGUCCUCCUUCACCUGGCAGAGGGAGAGAAGCCACAGCGAGUGUCUGGAUCAGACCAUGGAGGAGGUUUUGGUUGAACGUCAGGUGAUCCAGGCGUGUUGCCAUGGUGUCGGUUCUAUUCCCUACCAGCAGGAGAAGACACACAGCUUCCAGUUCAGCCUUCCCGUCUCCAUGGAAACACAAAGUGAGGACUGGGACACACCUGUGCAGAGAGGACCAAAACCCAAGGACAGCCCCGCGUGGGGGCGGGACCUGAGCCGUCUGAUGGACACGCAGGUGGCCUUGGAGGACACGGUUUACUCCUGCCAGCUACAUUCAGCCCUCCACAGUGAGCAGCGGUCAAGCGGCAGGGCCCAAAUGGACCAGGGCUUCUGGAGUUUACCAAUAGAGGAGGUCUUACCGGCUCCGGAACAUAUCCCAGAAUCCUUCAGGGGGAAAACCUGGACCCAGAUUGAACAGGAGGACGAGGGAAAAGUUGACAAGCUGGUCCGACAGUUCAGACGGGGGAAAUUCAUCUGCUACUUUGACACCGAGUCCCUGGCCAUGUACGGGAGGAGGAGCCAAAAUAAGGAGGCGGAGCCAGAGCCAGCCAAUAGUAUCCUGCCGUUAUUAGACUGCAAUGACAAUGCCUCACCAUACGUUAGGAGGAGAAAGGGGCGGGCCUUCAGAGUAGCGUCCAGGUGUCAGGUUGUCAAAGUCAGUCACAGCACACAGACGAUACGAUUAGUCGUCCCAACCCUCCCUCAAACAACUUCGGAGACCCUGGCCCCCAGCGUCCCUACAGCCAAUCAGGAAGCAGUCGAGAGGACUCCCGAGGGGCAGACAUGGCGCUGCCUGCCGCCAUCGUACUUGGGUAUCGUCACACCUCUGCAGCCUCGCACCUCUCUGGUCUACCUGCUGUGCUCCCCCUCAGGCUCCACCCCCUCCUACACACCUGCAACAGGCUGUGCCCUAAAACGAUGUAGGAAGAAAAGGCGUCCAUUAGACACUCGGGGGUUAAAGGUCAAAUACAAACAGCUUCCUGUCAGGUUGUACAACCCCACCAGCAACCGCAUCCUGAAAAACCACCCGAAAGGCUUUGUUCCCUACACCCCCCCUCCGCCGUGUGCCCGUCAGCUUUUCACAAGUCUUAGUCCAGACCUGAACUCCAAAAGACCGCUGGGGCGGGGGGGCAUAGGUUCCUUAAGAAUUAAAGGUCAGAGGUCAUUCAACAAGCUCUUCAGCCAAGGCAAAGGUUCGCUCAGUAAGGACACAGUCAGGAGGCGGGGGAGGACAGCUCAAGCCCCGCCCCCUUUUCCUCACAGCAGGGGUGGGAGGAGGGACAGGACACGCCCCUCCUCCAUCAAGAGGAGAACCAGCGAAAAAGCCCACCCUCACAGCCCAGGAGAGCAGGACCCGGCAGUGAAGCCCCUUGUUUAACCUGCAGGGACGGCUCGGUCACAUGGUCACAUGUCAGCUGUCAGGUGGUUUGUUACCUCUUCAGGCCGCAGGUGCUACGAUCCAUCCUGAUGCAAAGAAUGAAAUCAUCUCAUCUAUAUAAAAAUGUCAUUUUGUGUU